GGCUGCUCUGGGGGUUUCGGCCUGCUGUGUUCGUGUUGGUCGUUCAUACAAAAUAUUGGAGUCCACGAGGGCAGAGCUAGAGGCCGCAGUGCGUUGGACGUUCUUCGCGAGUUUUUCUAAAAAGGAAGGCACUUUUCACUGGGUCCGGGCGUACACUCCCACACCUACCCCUAGCCUAUCGGUUUUGCAAUCCUAUCCGCCUUUUGUUGCCGUCCGGGUAUUUUUGUUCGGGACGCGCGCGACAAGUUGCAUUUCCGGCCCACCGUCGUCGUCGUUGUCGUCCGAUAAAUAGAUGUAAACGUGAGUGCGGGGGAUGAUUGUUGUAGCUGGUGUUCAAUUAUAGGCUGUUGGGGCUAUUAAUUAUUACGCGUGGACGUAAAUAAGAUAGUACCUACCGUACGGGAGACUACACUCAAGGUACUUAAUAAGCUAAUGACAAUACUCUAUUGGAGCACGCAGUGAGUGUAAAUGAAACAGGAAUAAAUAGUUACCCGAAAUGGUGAAAAUUUCUUGACAAACGGGGAAUGAUCGUUUUAGUGAUCAAUAUUUGUGAUGAAAAUGAAAUUCUUAAUAUAAAGUUUAGUGAAACCGCAAGAAGAAAUGAAUCCACGUGAAUGAUAAUAAAUUAUUGCUGCAUUGUAGUUAAGUGAGAGUAGUGAAUUAAGUGAAAAUACUGUCCAGCGACAGGAAAAUAAGAGGUGGAAAAAACGUAAAAGAUAAAAAUGUCCGUUCCGGUGGCAACAGUCAAACAGGAACGGCAUGAUGAAGCUGAAAUCAAUGAGUUGGCUGCAAAAAUGAUGGAAGUGCAUAAGCAGCAGACGGCGAAAGCUGCCCUGCAACAACAGCAGAUUGUCAGACCUGGAGGAGCCGGUCAAGUGCCCGGUGUGACGGGCAAUGGCCCGGCAGGACAAACGAACAUAUUGAAUUAUUUGACGCGGAAACCGGGUCAGGCGGUGCCACAGUCCAUCGGGGCCACUACGAUAGCUCCAAUUGGAAGUGCACAAACGAAUGGAAAUGCCGCAAAGACUGAUGAAGCGAACGGGGAGAAGAAAGCAUGCGACGAGGAAAGUCAAAAGGGACACUUUGGCUGGGAAACCUUUCCCGGGAAGAUUCACAUUCCGUACAUUUUCCGACAGUCGGAACGAUAUUGCGCUGUGCGUAUGGUGGAAAUGAAACUGCUCAAUAAGUAUUUAAACUAUCUGCAUCAGGACAUCUACAGUUGCACCUGUGUCCGGUCGUACUACAUCACGGAGGCGGAGAGCAAGCUGUUCAACGAAAUCAACACCAAACAUUGCGAUUUCCAGUUCGGACGAGAGAUGUUUACGCUCAAGGAUUUGGUUGUCAGGUUGUCGGACGCCUACAAGUUCUACCAGUUCCUGGAUGUAUGCUACAAAAAGCUACUGAUGGGUUGCAGUACACCGAAUGACAAAUGUGGCUUCAUCCGUAUCAACAAAGAAUCCGUAGUUCCUUACACCGUUAGAGAUAAUCAAAAAAUGGUACCACUGUUUUACUUCGAAGGAGAGACUGAUAAUCUUAAGCUGAAAGCCGACUACCUGUCCGGCUGGGAUCUAUCCUAUCUUAAGUUCUGCUGCAAGGUGCAAGGAAUCCGAAACGAACUGUUCGCCAGCGACUCGGUCGCCGUCAUCAGUUUGACCGACAUCAAGGGCUACUUCCCCCCGGGAACCGAGUUCGAAGACUACUGGCCGAGCAAGGUGGUCGAUUCGCAACUGCUGUCCGGUCCAAAGUCCAACAAUACCGUUCAUUGGACCAGGCAACCUGCACAACCUCCGCCCAAACAACCCACCAACAUGAUGAACACGAUGGCCAAACAGCAGCCACAGGUUCGGAAAACGGCCAACAACAUGUACCAGGCGCUGCAGCAACAGCAGCAGCAGCAACAACAGCAACAACAACAGCAGAACCUGCAGAAAAACAACGUUCAAAUGCCAAACAUCUCGGCAGCUGUGCAGGCCCUAACGAACAACUGGAACCUAACGAACCAUGCCAAUAUGCUGUCGGCAGCGCAGCAGGAACAGUUACUGAGGAUAACGCAAGCACAGCAGGCCGCCCAAGCACAGGCUCAAAUCCGAAGCAUGCAAAAUAUGCAUCCGAUGCAAUACAACUCCUACAUGAACCCGACUAUGUCGAUGUCGUCGAGGUCUUCCCAAAACCAGGCAGUGCCACCACCGCUGGUACGGUCCUCGCAGUCGCAAGCAGCCCACAUGUCAAACAUGGCAGGAGCGGCUGCUGCAGCGGCAAUGUCCCAGCAACAGCAGCAGCAACAGAAACGUUCCAAUGCUGCAGCUGCUGCCGCAAUGACCAACGGUCGGUCCAAUACGACCAUCACCUCGAACAACAACUACCGCUCGUCGGCGGCGGUCCUACAGCAGCAACUGCAGCAGCACCAGCAGGCCGCCGUGGCCGCCCAGCAGCAAGCGGCCGCCAUGAGCAUCGACGCCGGCGGAACGCGGCACGGCAAUGUCGUGAUGCUGCCGGAAAUGACCAUGGCCGGCACCCCGUACAAACCGUACGAGGUGGUUAAGAAGCCGAUCGAGAACAAAACGAUCUACUGCAUCAACAAGACCCCGUACCGGAACAAUGACUACCUGAUGACCAUUCAGGACCUGAAGGACGUGUUCUUCCCGUACAUUAGCUUGGAUGUGUGCCGGAGGGUACUGAACGCGUUGGAAAUCAGCCUGUUCGUUGGAAAUAGCCUGCAAUACCAAGCCCUCCUGGAAGCUGGCCGAACGAACGUCGACAAGAUGCCCCUGGUGCAGGUGGUGGACGUGAUGCAGUUCAUGCCCCAGCUGCAGUACAUGGUGCGGGGCCAAGUGGGCCAAGAGACGCCAGCGAACAAGCGCGCCCGCAUCAGCUAGGAAUUGGGGUGGGGGGUACAGCAGCAGUGCCCUCAGAGCACAGUAGUAUCCGAUCUGAUAACCAGCAGUAGCAGCAUCACCAACAGCAUCAGCAGCAGCAUCCAUUCAAGCGGCGUAGCAGGGGUCAGCGCUUCCUGGAGCUUGACGCCCACGUCUCCCUCGGCGAGCGGCAAAAAGUCAUCAUCUUCAUCUUCAUCAACGCCAUCCGGUUCCACUUCG